AUGUCCUUACAAAGUUUGAUCCAAGUGUCAGGAAAAACGGCACUGAUUGUUCCUGAAUCUAACCUUGAGCUUAGUUACUCUCAACUGAACAACAUUGUUUACCAUCUCCAAUCAAUAUUCACAAACCCUAUUUCUCCCUUUAGCGAUAAGGGAUCACAGAAGCAAUUAAGGAUUGCAACCUGUCUUCCAAACGGACUCGAGCUGAUUGCCUCAUUUCUUGCUAUUACGACAGCAGGAAACGUUAUCACGCCACUGAACCCCAAGUACACUAGAUCGGAAUUUGCCGGGUAUCUCUCUGACUUGGAAACGGAUGCUGUCAUCGUUCCUCGCUACAGUCAUUUGAAGCCUGACUCGGAGGUCGUUUCUGCUGCCCGUGCAACCCCUACAAAGCCCUUUGUCAUUGAAAUUUGGUACGAUACGGCACGAUCUUUGCUUCAGUACGAGAUAUUCCAUGCACAAACAUUGGCAUCUAUGUACAAUUCAGUUAUAGAUAAGUCAAGUCUACCUUCAGAAGAAGCAGGACACCACAUGCCAGGCGUUGCCGGAAACUCGGAUAUUGCAAUGAUACUAUUCACCAGUGGCACCACAGGGAAAGCAAAGAAGGUUCCCCUGACUCAUUUCAAUCUUACUAGCUCAAUGAUGAAUAUUAUUAAAACGUACAAACUCAGGAACCGUGACAGGAAUUAUGUGAUCAUGCCUUUAUUUCACAUCCACGGACUCCAGGUUCUAUUGGCGUCGCUCGCAUCACAGGGCUCAGUUGUUGUCCCAAAUCAUUUUUCCGCAUCUAUGUUCUACCCGCAUCUAAGAGAAUGGAAUUUCACUUGGUAUUCGGCUGUCCCAACUAUCCAUAUAAUCCUUCUGAAUCGCCGUCUCCCCAAAGAACUCAAAGGACAGCUGCGGUUUAUCAGGUCUUGCUCCUCAUCGUUGCCACCGGCAGUCUUCAGCGAGCUUGAAUCGAGUUUUGGAUGCCCCGUGGUGGAAGCGUACGGUAUGACCGAAGCAUCACACCAAGUCACUUCAAAUAAUAUUCCUUUUCAUGGUAAGACAUCCAGAAAAGCUGGCACAGUUGGCAUUCCUCAAGGAACUGUGGAAGUCAUAAUCAUUAACGAGCAUGAAGCAAUUCUGAACAAGUGCCAAGUUGGACAAGUAGCUAUAUCCGGACCCAAUGUCACGAGUGGAUAUCUGCAAAAUGAACUUGCAAAUAAAGAGUCAUUUUUCAACUUCCAGGGAAAGCGCUUCUUCAAGACGGGUGAUCUCGGAAUGUUUGAUAAUGAAGGACGUUUAGUCCUCAAGGGAAGAAUAAAAGAGAUUAUCAAUAAGGGCGGAGAGAAAAUUUCACCUGUUGAAAUCGAUUCAGUGGUGAGUUCGCACGAGAAAGUGAAGGAGUGUGUCUCCUUCGGGUAUCCCGAUAAGAAGUAUGGAGAAAAUAUAGGAUGCGGCGUAGUUUGCAAGAAGGGGACCUCGCUGACAGAAACCGAACUAAAAGCCUGGCUCCAGGAUAGAUUGGCAAGCUUCAAGCUACCACAGAAGAUUUAUAUUGUUCAGGAGUUGCCCAAAUCUCCAACUGGUAAAAUGAACAGGAGGCUAAUGAGUCAAGUCUUCGGUCUUGAAGCAAAAGUCUAG